GCAGCAAAAUACAGUUAUAAAACAAACAAGCAAAUUAGUUAAGUACAAGUGAUUGCAUGUUUGCUUUUUGCAAUGCAACGCACUGAACAGGAGCAGAAACAACUAAAGCUGCAACAACAUACGGAACAGCAGCAGCAGCAGCAUCAUCACCAUCAUCAUCAUCAUCAUGCACAUAACAGCAACAGCAAUAGCAAUGGUAUACGCAUUGCUGGUAGCAGCAAUACCACACCCACAACAGCAAUACACAACAAUACAACGCCGCCUCGCAGCUUGGCGCUGAAUCAGAACUAUGCAGCAUCUGAUACCUCACUGGAGCUUGAUGGCAAUGGUGAUUAUCCUGAUUCGCGUUAUGAGUGCGCUAUAUGCAUCGAUUGGCUGAACGAGCCUGUGCUGACUUCGUGUGGUCAUCGCUUCUGCAAGAGCUGUCUCAACGAUUGGCUGCAAAACCACAACCAAUGCUGCCCGCUUGACAAUAAGCAGCUCUCCACGGAGCAGGAUAUAUUUCCAGAUAACUAUACGCGUCGUGAGAUUGAGCAGCUUCGGCACAAGUGCCCCAAUUCGCCCCAUGGCUGUGUGGUAGUGGCCUCGCCCAUUGAGCUGCAUCGCCAUUUGCCCAGCUGCCCGUAUCGUCGUCAGCAGCAGCAUCAACAACCGCUGGAGGAGAGAUGUCCGUUUGCACGCAUCAAAUGCGAUUUUGUGGGACGCCCUGAGACCAAUCAGCUGGAGGAGCAUUUGAAAACAGACAUGCCGCAUCAUAUGCAGCUUAUGUUACAGGCAUUUCAGCAAACUGCCAUUGACACAUGGCAGCCGCAAAAGACUUUGGAGAAUGGCCACAAGACAACCACAACAAGCAACGAUCAACAUCAACUGCCGCCACCACCUCAAUACGCCAACGGUGUGGGUGUGGAUGAACAGAUUGUGCAAACCAUGUACCAGCGCAUUGUGGUGCUGGAGCAGCGUGCUCGCGAGCAAGAGUCGCGCAUCGAGAAUCUCAACAAGCAGAUCAGACGCCAGCAGCAGCCCAUUGAUGCACGCUAUAGCAAUGGCACCAUAGUCUGGCACAUUGAGCAGCUGAGCACGCUGGUGGAGCGUCUGCGCACGAAUGUUAACAAUCAGGUCUAUUCGCAUGAAUGCUACACCUCGCCCUAUGGCUACAAGUUCUGUGCACGACUCAAUAUACAGCCAAGAAAGCCGCAUGUGCUUAGUCUGCAUGUGCAUUUAAUGCAGUCGGAUAAUGAUUUCCACUUGGAUUGGCCAUUCAAGGGGCGCAUUAAGCUCUGCAUGGUGCAUCCAGGAGAUGCGAAUCUAUCACAGCAUGAUACCAUCAUGACGAAGCCAGAGAUUUUAGCAUUUCAUCAGCCCAGAGAAGCAAUCAGCACGCGUGGAUUUGGCUUUCUGGAAUAUGCAAACAUCUCCAAUAUAAUGCAGCUGGGCUUCUGCGCCGAUGAUCGUCUGCUGAUCAAAAUCGAAAUCAACAUAGUUUGAACAAUAGACCAAUUUACCAUAACUAGCAUAGUUAACAGUCAGCAUCACAGCCAAGCAAUUUAUAUAGUAUAU